GAUGUAACGCCAUUUGAAGUACAGGCACUAUUGUAUCAUAAUCUUCAUCGAGGUCUACACGACUCACCGUUACUUCAACUAGACCAUCAACUUAGCCUCGAGGCCGCAGAAUACGCGAAGAAAAUUGCCAACAAAUGGAUUAUUAAACAUUCUCCAAUAGAAAGUCGUCCUGGACAGUCAGAAAACAUCUUCUUACGCUGCAAAGCUUUCACUAAGGGCGUGUCGGCUUUUGAAGCUGAAAAAGAAUGGUAGGUUUGAUCUGAAUUUUCAGCAUUUGAACGCACAAAUCUUGCAUCCCUUCCCUCUCUCUCCCUACCUCUCAUCCAUUCAUCCAUCCAUCGAUCGAUUAGUAUCAACUUAUAACAGGAGCCUAUAACCCGGAGCGAGCAACUCUCAUACUAGGCCUAAUUGUCACGGCGUUUUUACGGACCGGUUUAUUUUUAGACACAUUUUAGGGACAUUUCUUCCGCAAAAAUGGAAUCUCCGCCACGUCUCUGAACGCAUUCGAAGUAUAAGGUAUCAAAAAGGAAAACGUAAUGUCAUUGAAAGGCAAAAAUUACUAUUUUUAGGUCUCUAGGUUUUGCUGGUUUCUGGGACUUAAAAGAUAUUCUAAAUUCGCGCUAGAACCGUUCCAAAAAUAUCCUGGUCCGUGAAAACGCUGUGACUCAGGUACAUGGAAGUCGCUCGCUCCAGUUUAUGGGCUCCUGCUUAUAAUAUAUAGAUUUAGCCAAGGUUAAAGGCGAAGCUCCCGUUGAUUAAUUUUUAAUUUACUUCAAACAAUAAAUUUGUAACCAUAAGACAUCCACUUGGGAUGAGCCUGCGAUCAGUUAAAAACUAGUAACUUCUCAGCAACUAACUUAGAAAAAAAAAGUGGUCUCUGUGAGUUAACACUCGAGCUCGCGAUACGGUCAUGUGGCAGACUGUCAAUUGAUCGCAGCGUGGAUGUGUAAUAUCAGGUUUUAUAAAAUAACGGAGAUGGUACGCGUGAUCUGAUUGGUCAAAAACCUAUUGUUUAUCAUACCGGUAAACCCAUAGAAAAGAGCAUCCGGAGCACGAGUCAUAAACAAAACUUGCUAUUGAUCUGCAAACAACGAUUUUAGAAAGGCUAAACAGAACAAGUUACUUACCCAGUCCUCCUUAAUAUUAAAAGCGUUGGUUUUCACAUUUUAUUACUGAGCGUCACAAUUCGCUACUGCCAUAGCUUUAGAAGUUAUAAAGUACAAAGCUGGAAAGCAGUUUACAUUUCACGACGAUGCCAAAUCGCAGAGAAAGACAACAACUGUGUGAAUUUCUGGUGUAGAAAGUCUCUAGGAAAACUUAACCAUGUGCCAACCAGCAACAAAACGAAUAGUUUUAGCAUUCUUGAUUUAUUUUAUGUCAAAAUUAAAUUCCUUAAUGAAAGAAAUUGUUGCAAAAAGAGAUCUCUGAUCAAGAUAUGGUACAAAAUCGGCCGCUGUAGGUUGUAAACAAGCUGCCAACGAUGAUGAAAGAUGUCAGAGUUUCCUGCUGGUUUUUUCCAACAUUUGCACAAAUUAUUCGGUGAUUUCGAUGCCAUAACUUACCUCAAACCACCUGACUUCACAAAUCGACAAAUAUUAACGCCAAUAUGUGGCUACGGCAAAGAAACCUUUCUCCACCACUGACAUAUUUCCAUCGGUCGCUGUACGUGCAUAUAAAGUUACAUGCCACAACUUCGCAAAUGCAGCCACGUUGUUACCGCAGCAUUUCUUGAUCAUAAUAAAGUCCAGAAAACAGAUCUUAAACCACUGCGGCUUGUAAAAUGUGAAUGAAGUCCUCCAUUACAAUAACUGCCAGUUCCGUCUGUAAGCACGAAAUUCUUACGGGUCGACUCAACAAAAUACAGCUGCGUACAGUCUGAUAUGGAUGUUCAAUUAAUUUCUACUUCUGUAGUAAACAAACCAUGAACGUAUUCUUUCAUUGCACGUUUGCAUGAAUAAAUGUUGACUUUUCCUGUAAAACAGCUUUCAUAAGUUAUCAUGUAAUGAGUGCAAAAACUCGUGUUUCGAAGUGCUGCUGUUUGUUAUUUGACUGAGGUGAGUUUUGAGAAAGUUCAGCGCUAUUUAAUCGUGAGUCAUGAUUGGCUUAUGAUGACUUUAGAGAGAAGACAUGACUUGAUCACGGUACUAAAUUCAUAUUUUUUUACCUAAAAGACUCCAUUCUACUAAAAGUUAUUUUAUAAAAGCAAUAGACCACACUUUCUAUGGGUUUACCAGCGUGAUAACCCACGCGGGAUGUUGGGAGAACACUCGAAAAGCUUGUAAAUUACUCGCCUUCGGCUCGUGAUUUACAAGCUUUCCUCGUGUUCUCCCAACAUCCCGCGUGGGUUAUCACGCCGGUAAACCCAUAGAAAGUGUGGUCUAUUGCUUAAGUAGGCCCCCACACUAGCUAGAAGGUGUGAGAUUUCACACUGGUUACCCUAUGGUGCGGACGGACGGGUGGACGACGGACCUAUAGACUGGUGCAUGGACGGACGGACCGACGUGCGGUUAGGUGACUAAUUAUUGCUAUAUAAUUCAUGCAGGUACUCCACAGUGUGCUUCUGGAAUUUUGAUGAACCAUUGCCCAUGAGCGAUAAAGGAAAGCCAUUCAGCAGGCUUGUGUGGAGGUCCAGCCAGCAAAUGGGCAUUGGCCGCGCCACAUUCCCAAUGGACAAUUUUAAUUGCACAGCUGUUGUAGCAAGAUACCGACCUUAUGUAGACACACAAGAUUACGCGAACAAUGUACCUAAAGGAAAAUUUAUACCCACGGGUUGCCAAUAUGUAAAUAAGGUUGAUAAUCAGGAUUUUAUCGUACCGCCUCGACCUGGAGAAGCUUGUCAGAAAAUUCCUGGGUUCAAAGGACAAAUGCUUCAAGAAAGUUCUGUCUGCACCCUUAAACAGUUAUUUGCAAUAUUUGGAGCUUCAGUAAGGAAAGGAAAACAAGGAUUUAGUGUUGUUUUAUAA